AUGUCAUACAACGGGAUUGGGUUGAAAUCCGCAAAGGGGUCUAGCACCUCUGGAUAUGUCCAGAGAAAUGUUGGCGAUGCAAGGGCUGAGAGAAUAGGAGAAAGUAAGGGCAAACACUACUACAAGAGACAGUUGAAUGAGAAACACCAGGAGAAAGUAGAGAAACAGAGGAAGUUUGCUGAUUUGUCCUUAGAUAAAGAAAUUUUAGAUCAUGAAACAAAGAGAGAAAUAGAAGUCAAGGUGAUGGAGUACCGGGAUAAAGUCGAGGCUGAGAAUUCAAAUAUGGAGGACGAGGAAAUCGACCAACUGGUCGAUAAAUACAGGAUAAAGCUACAUAAAGUGCGA